AUGGGUGUACCUAGAAACAGCCCAAAAAUCUUUCCCAAGAAAAAAACACUUCAAUACCUUCUUGAUCUUGAUUCCGGGAACAACCAUAAACAUGGCCAGUUAUGUAGUAAUCCCAAAUGCGAGGAAAUUCUGUCUAUCAUUUAUUACUGCUCCUAUAUCUAUACCUUCACCGAUCCUUUGGAAACUCCUUUGCAGCAAAAUCUCAAGCGCGAUAAACUCAUGAAGCUGUUGAGUCUUAUAAAGUCUUUGAAAAGGCCGGUUCCUGAUGAAAUCCUGUCUCCACUUUUUGCUAUGAUAUCAGCAAAUCUCUUUCGAUCACUCCCACCUCCCAACACCUCGAUUAUCUGCAUAUUACCGGAUGAUGAUGACGUCUUUGCCACACCCGAAGCUGCCUGGCCCCACUUGCAACUUGUUUAUGACAUCCUCCUCCACCUUAUAAUUUCCUUGGAACCAAAUACACUCAAGGGUCAUAUAAAUAACUCUUUCCUACUUAACUUGCUCCACCUUUUCCAGUCUGAAGAUCCCAGAGAAAGAGAAAGCUUGAAGAAUGUUUACCACCGAAUAUACUCUAACUUCACAUCCUACAGAUCGUUCAUGAGGAAAGCAAUGAAUGAUGUAUUCCUUCAUUACAUUUCCGAGACAGACCAGAAACACUCUGGGAUUGGAGAUCUGCUAGAGAUUUGGGGUACAAUCAUCAAUGGUUUCAGUGUUCCGUUGAAGGAAGAGCAUAAGUUUUUCUUGACAAGAGUGCUUAUUCACUUGCACAGGCCAAAAGGUAUGCAGGUUUACUAUAAGCAAUUGGCUUACUGUGUUUACCAAUUUGUGGAGAAGGAGCCCGUGCUUGGAGUAGAUGUCCUUAGAGGAAUUUUGCGAUAUUGGCCAGUAACUAAUUGUCAGAAGGAAGUUCUGCUUAUUGGGGAAUUGGAAGAACUGGUAGAGAUUAUGGAACCUGAACAGCACAGGGUUCUAGCUCUACCUUUAUGCAAACAAAUUACUAGGUGUUUGAAUAGUUGUAACUCACAGGUUGCAGAACGUGCCCUCUACAUUUGGAACAAUGAGCAAUUCGUGAAAAUGGCAUCACAAGACAUAGAAGAGGUGUUUCCAAUUGUAGUUGAAGGUAUGGAGAAAAAUCUGAAAUGGCAUUGGAGCCAAAGUGUUCAACAACUCACAGAGAAUGUUCAGGAAAUGUUAGAAGAAAUGGAACCAAGUCUCUACUCGAAGUGCCUGUCGCAGCUUGAUCUUCGUGAGUCUGCAACUAAUCAAGAGGAGAUGAGACGGAAACAGAGAUGGGAGAGUAUAGAAGAGGCUGCAAAAAGGAAUCAAUAUAUCCAAGAUUCACAAUUACAUGUAACAAACUGA